CCUAGAAGAGACUGUGCAAAAAAAAAAGGGGUAACUGCGAAGGAGCUGGAGAGGUCCACUGCUCAGACUGGAGAAGCUGUUCACAGGAAAACCUAGCCUGGACACUGUACAAAGCUGAGCUUUAUGGAGAAGUGGUAAGAGGAAAGCCAUUGUUUGGGGGAAUCGGGGGUCUCACAGCAAGCAUGUAGGAAAAGGUCAUCUGGUCUGAUGAGCUCAAAAUUGAACUCUUUGGCCGUGGCACAAAGUACUAUGUUUGUGUCCUGUUUGUUUCUGAAACGGGGGAUGGUGAAUACUUAUGCAACCAACAAAUGUCUGUUUUUGCUUUCUUUUUGUUCAAUUUAAUUGUGCGUCACAAUAAAAACACAUUUUUCACAUUCGAGUGUUUAUAUAUUAUAUCAAUCAGUUGGUAAAAAAUCCCAGGUCUGUUUCAAUUGCAGGUUGUCAAUCGCAGGUUGUUCAAUUGCUAAUUCUAUUUGUGAUUAAGAUGAUUUAGAAAGUGUUACAUUUAGAUAUGUUUACCAAAUGGAAGCCGUAUCGCAUUUGUGGUCAAACUUUAUGGCCUUGUUGCUGUGUAGGCUGAAAAGGUAUAUAUGUGUUGGCCAUAGUAUUUCUGCUUUCUUUCAUUUUUUUUUAUUUCUUUCUCAUAGCUCGCCUUUCUUUUCUCUCUCCUAUUCUCUAUCUGUCUGUCUGUCUAUCGGUCUACAGUGCCUUCCACUAAUAUUGGCACCCUUGGUAAAUAUGAGCAAGGAAGGCAGUGAAAAAUUGUCUUUAUGGUUUAACCCUUUGUGCAAAAAUACUGUGCUUUCAUGGAUAUCCAACAACUGCAAACACAAAACAGGUGUAUCCAAAAAAUAGUAUAUUUUAAAUAUAGGUGUGCAACAAUUAUUGGCACCCUUUUAGUCAAUACUAAAAGAUUAAGAUGAACAACCAUCCCCAGGAGCUCACCUAUUCCUCCAGACAGGAAGUUUGAGUAUUCUAGGAGUAAAUAGGGCUGAGGCUCUUGAGUACCAGGGUCAAGACUUUAUGGGAUUGUUUUGAUGCAAAAGUUUGAUUCCAAUAUAGAAAUUAUUAACUCAGCUACGUGACCUGGCAGGUUCUGUAAAGGAGUGUUAUUCGGGUGGAUGUGAAAGACUUUGGAUUAGAACGCUAUCAUUUUUCCACCAAAGAGCUCAUAGUUUUAUCAGGGGUGUGUCUGUGUGUAUCCAGGUAAGCAGGGCAUGACCAGCUUCAGCUAUGAAAGCAAUAACAAGCUAUAAAAGCAGUGCAUGCACCCGGCCUGAGACAGUCACAUUAGGGACACAAGGACAUUGGAUUAUCUGGAAUCUAAAUGAGCAUUAGGAGCAGCUUCGUUCUGAUGUCACGCCACACUCUCAGUGAGCGCUUACAGGCUAUGUGGUUGUUAAACCCUAAAGAAUGGAUUUACAGUACGAGACCGGGGACACGCUGUAAAUAUAUUGCAGAAGUGAACUUUGUCUUUGAAGACUGAAGAAUAGAGAAGGGAAUAGAAGAACUUCAUUAGACAUUGAUCUCUGCGGCUGUGAGGUGCUGCUUAUGUUUCACUCCAGGCUUUCUGACUGAACACCAAGGUCGCCAACGCAACAGCUGAUCUCACAGACAGCUGUAACACGCACCAGAAGAUAGCAUUACAGUCUCCCUGUGGAGCAGAAACAGGUUGAAUGUCCCCCAGAGGACUCGAUGUGCUACUGGGUGUUACUGAAAUCUUAAAAGUGCUUUGUCCCAGUCGCUGAGAUCAUGUACGUGCUGUGCACAAUGCUGGUGCUGUCCAUACACAGCCUGCUGAGAAGACAGAAGGCUGUGAAACUUCAUGAAGGCGAGACAGCAGAGUACGACGAGAAACCGAGCAAAAAAUCACCGUAUACACAGUGCAGGAAAGUGGGAAACCCCGUCAGGGGCCGAACCCAGGGCCGACGCAGGUCAUGCACCACCACCAAGCUGGAGGAACUUGAGCACAGAAAGAGAGCCCAGCGGUACGCUCUGCUUGGCCCGGCGGUCAUGUUUGGCACAAGGAAGACGUGGGAUCUUGGCCACACCCCCUGCCUGCAGGAGCUCUGGAAUAAAGACCUCUCAUUGGACGCAAGCUCAGUGGAUUUCCUGAUCAGCGAUGGUGAGGAGGAGAGCUCCUUCCUGACGCUGCCCAACCCGGUCCUCCAACGCCGCCGUUUGACCUCGGACCUCUCCGAUCCCGCCCUCUCUGACCAGCAGCUGCUCAUACAGGCACUGCAAGAGAAAGUGUGCGAGUUCCAAGCUCGUUUGCGUAGCGAGGACGCCACAGACAGGCGGCUUCUACUGCGACUACACACACCACAGGUCAAUCAGACAGACACGAGCCAAGAGCAUCCACUCACCAAUCAAGAGAUUCUCGAACAGGACAGCCAGCUCAGCCAAGCUGGCUUCACCACAAGUGUGAAACGACUGAGUGCAGGAUCCCAGCGUCUACAGGAUCAUCCUGACAUUGCUGCAGAGAGGAAAGGUCACGCACAGCCUCGGCAUAAAGAAGUGUACCAGCUUGCUCUCAUCACAGGGCUACAGACACAGAUUGAGGAGCUGGAGAAGAAACUGGUGGACCGGACUCAGGAGGUGGAGAGACUGCGCUCUGAGCUGGGGGCGACAGACCUGGAGAAGCAGCUGGAGCUCCUAGAGAGCGAGAAUCAGCGGCUCAGACAGGAGCUUAAGUCCAGCAGCAUCCAUGAGCCUGCACACACCUGCUCCACCUCCACCUGCCCUCACAGCCAGGAGGCAGCGGCCCUACGAGAGGCGCUCUCCUUAUGUGAGGAGCGCUGUAAGGAGUAUGAGCGGCACAUGGCCGAGCUUGAGCGUCAGCUUGGGGAGAGAACGGGCGCAGUGGACGAGCUGCAUGUGCGACUGGAGGAGGCGGGACAGAGUCGAGACAAGCUUCAGGAGCAGCUCAUACACACAGAGGAAAUUCUGCGACGACACAGUGCAGCAGUGCCAUCUCAGGCCAUGUAUGCAAGCAAGGCAGCAGAGGCCGAGUCUUCUCAGUGGAAACAGGCUCUGAUGGAGGCUCAGGCACGUAACCAGGCUCUCCAGGAGCAGCUGGGGGUCCAGCGGCAGCUCCUCCGAGAGCUCGAGCAGAAGCUGCACGACAGCCAGAGAACCAGCAGCGAACUCCGCCAGCAGAUCCUGGCAUAUGAGGGGGAAAUGGAGCGGACUCGAAGCCAGCUAGAGGCUGAGGUUCAGAGUCUUGAGGCGGAGAAGAACAGGGUCAUCGAGGAGGCGUUCGUCAGAGCCGAGAGCGAAAUGAAAGCUGUGCACCAAAACCUUGCAGGUGUAAGGAUGAAUUUGCUGACUCUGCAGCCUGCUCUGAGGACGCUUACAUGUGACUACAACUGUCUGAAGAGGCAGGUCCUGGACUUCCCCUACAUGCUGCAGAACGCUAUUGCUGAGGCUAAGCAGGAGAUAUGCCACAUGAUUGCAGAAGUGAGCAACACCAACCAGGAGCUGCUACGCAAAUACAAGAGGGAGAUGAACCUGAGGAAGAAGUGUCACAACGAACUAGUCCGGCUCAAAGGAAACAUCCGUGUGCUCUGUCGCGUGCGUCCCAUCUGCCAGGAGGAAGCGGAGGCUGAAGGCAAGAGUGUGGUGUCCUUUGACUCUGAUGACGAUGCAGUGCUCUACCUUUCCAAUAAGGGCAAGCUUAUGGCCUUUGACAUGGACAAGGUCUUCCCACCUCAGGCCACGCAGGCAGAGGUGUUUCAGGAAGUGCAGUCUCUGGUCACGUCCUGCAUGGACGGCUAUAACGUGUGCAUCUUCGCUUACGGACAGACAGGUUCAGGAAAAACCUACACCAUGGAGGGUAUUCCUGAGGACCCCGGGAUUAACCAGCGAGCUCUGCGUCUGCUCUUCUCUGAGGUGUCUGAGAAAAUGCCUGACUGGCACUACACCAUUACUGUCAGCAUGGUGGAGAUCUACAACGAGACACUAAGGAACCUGUUAGGAGACAACCCAAGUGAGAAGCUGGACAUUAAGAUGUGUCCAGAUGGCAGCGGUCAACUGUAUGUGCCUGGUCUUACCGAGUUCACAGUGGAGAGUGUGGAGGAUAUUAAUAAGGUUUUUGAGCUGGGUCACAUGAACAGGGCGACAGCAUGUACCAACCUGAAUGAGCACAGCUCUCGCUCUCAUGCUCUCCUCAUCGUUAAUGUGGCUGGCUUCAACUCCUCCACAGGACACCGUACCUCAGGUAAGCUGAAUCUGGUGGAUCUGGCUGGUUCAGAGAGAAUCUCUAAAUCCGGCGCUGAGGGAAGCCGCUUGCGUGAGGCUCAGUGCAUCAAUAAGUCGCUCUCGGCACUGGGUGAUGUCAUCAACGCACUGCGUUCACGUCACUCACAUGUUCCCUUCAGAAACUCCCGCCUCACAUACCUGCUGCAGGACUCGCUCAGCGGAGAAAGCAAGACACUCAUGCUGGUACAGGUGUCUCCUCUAGACAGCAAUAUCAUUGAGUCUGUGUGCUCUCUGAAGUUUGCCCAACGUGUUCGCACAGUUGAGCUCGGAACGGCCUCCUCCUCACGAAGACAUGCCGAAAACUCUUCGACGUCCUCCUCACCUACCCACGACAGCGUAGAGUUGGACUCUCCACCCAUAACUCCCGUGCUCUUACCCAUCUCCCGGGCAAGCAGUGUGGGCUCUUCUCUCUCCUCAAUCUCCAGAAUCUCCAGCACACGGAGAAGAUCCCAGAGCCAGCAAGCUCCAGACAGACAGGUAGACAGAGGCAGUCCGUUGCUUGGGGACAGUGGGCAGGACGAAUGAAGCUUGCCACAUGAUGCUAUGAUGAAGCGAGUGUGUUGAGAAACUGCGUUUCAGCACACUCAACCCAAGUUUAUUUUAUAUACCGGGGACAGGGACGAACCAAACUGGCAAAUCAGGGAUAUGUACAGCAUUUCUGAGAGAGACUCGACUGUUCUGUUGGUGACUGAAGAAUCUGGCGUUCCCUCCAAGCUCUGUGCUGCUUCGGGGAGAAUGUGAAGACUUCCUCCCUCAUGUCACAGUGUUCGUGGACAUCUAUGCACUUUAGAACACGCUGAUCUGAUUAUUCAUGGUGUUAAUAACCCAGUCAAGCUUAGGACUAUUACAUGACUGGCGUUGAUCUUUAAGUAAAUGUGUUCUUUCUCUUUUUUGAGAGGAAAAAAGCUGAUGUAUCCUUUUUUUAAAAUUUUUUUGUUCUUCAAUGCACCGUCCGUUUUAUUCAAAGCCUAAGAACAAAUCGUACUUCCGAAAACUUGUGUAGCGACCACAGUAAGCAAUAACGAAGGCAGAGUCUAGCCUGUCUCUUUUUGCGAUCAUGUUCUCGUCGUGUAUAUUUGGUAUUCUGAAGGCAGCAUAUUGAAGUCUUCCUGAUCUAAGCAUGUAUACUAACUUUGUCAUCAGCAGUGGACUUAGUCAUUCCAUACUGCUGUGAGUAGGAAUGCUUUGAACUUUCACCCACAGUCAGAAUUGCAUUUCCACUUUAUGAACUUUUUCAUCUGAAAUGGACCACUGAGAGAGAACGGAUAUCGGUGGCUGUGGGGUUUCGCUAGCUUCGGUUCAUUUUAGCAUAGCAUUGUGCAUUUUUGUUUUGUACACUUUUUAAUAAAUGCUUUAAAUAUGA